AUGACUGAUUAUGGUCCAACUACAACUGUAACCAAUAAUGGUCCACCUACAACUAUGACCGAUAAUGGUCCACAUAAUGGUCCAUCUACCACUGUGACUGAUUACGGUCCACCAACAGCUGUGAGAGAUAAUGGUCCACCUACAUCUGUGACAGAUAAUGGUCCAUCUACCACUGUGACUGAUUACGGUCCACCAACAGCUGUGAGAGAUAAUGGUCCACCUACAACUGUGAAAGAUUAUGGUCCACCUACCACUGUGAAUGAUUAUGGUCCAUCUACAACUGUGACUGAUUAUGGUCCACCUACAACUGUGAGAGAUAAUGGUCCACCUACAACUGUGAGAGAUUAUGGUCCACCUACAACUGAGACUUAUUAUGGUCCACCUACAACUGAGACUUAUUAUGGUCCACCUACAACUGAGACUUAUUAUGGUCCACCUACAACUGAGACUUAUUAUGGUCCACCUACAACUGAGACUUAUUAUGGUCCACCUACAACUGAGACUUAUUAUGGUCCACCUACAACUGUGACUUAUUAUGGUCCACCUACAACUGAGACUUAUUAUGGUCCACCUACAACUGAGACUUAUUAUGGUCCACCUACAACUGUGACUGAUUAUGGUCCACCUACAACUGUGAGAGAUAAUGGUCCACCUACAACUGUGACUGAUUAUGGUCCACCUACAACUGUGACUGAUUAUGGUCCACCUACAACUGUGAGAGAUAAUGGUCCACCUACAACUGUGACUGAUUAUGGUCCACCUACAACUGAGACUUAUUAUGGUCCACCUACAACUGAGACUUAUUAUGGUCCACCUACAACUGAGAGAGAUAAUGGUCCACCUACAACUGAGACUUAUUAUGGUCCACCUACAACUGAGACUUAUUAUAGUCCACCUACAACUGAGACUUAUUAUAGUCCACCUACAACUGAGACUUAUUAUGGUCCACCUACAACUGUGACUUAUUAUGGUCCACCUACAACUGUGACUGAUUAUGGUCCACCUACAACUGUGAGAGAUAAUGGUCCACCUACAACUGAGACUUAUUAUGGUCCACCUACAACUGAGACUUAUUAUGGUCCACCUACAACAGAGAGGGACUAUGGUCCACCUACAACUGAGACUUAUUAUAGUCCACCUACAACUGAGACUUAUUAUGGUCCACCUACAACUGAGACUUAUUAUGGUCCACCUACAACUGAGACUUAUUAUGGUCCACCUACAAUUGAGACUUAUUAUGGUCCACCUACAACUGUGACUGAUUAUGGUCCACCUAAAACUGUGAGAGAUAAUGGUCCACCUACAACUGAGACUUAUUAUGGUCCACCUACAACUGAGACUUAUUAUGGUCCACCUCCAACUGAGACUUAUUAUGGUCCACCUACAUCUGUGACUGAUUAUGGUCCACCUACAACUGUGACUGAUUAUGGUCCACCUAUAACUGUGACUGAUUAUGGUCCACCUACAACUGUGAGAGAUAAUGGUCCACCUACAACUGAGACUUAUUAUGGUCCACCUACAACUGAGACUUAUUAUGGUCCACAUACAACUGAGACUUAUUAUGGUCCACCUACAACUGUGACUGAUUAUGGUCCACCUACAACUGUGAGAGAUAAUGGUCCACAUACAACUGAGACUUAUUAUGGUUCACCUACAACUGAGACUUAUUAUGGUCCACCUACAACUGAGACUUAUUAUGGUCCACAUACAACUGAGACUUAUUAUGGUCCACCUACAACUGUGACUGAUUAUGGUCCACAUACAACUGAGACUUAUUAUGGUCCACAUACAACUGAGACUUAUUAUGGUCCACCUACAACUGUGAGAGAUAAUGGUCCACCUACAACUGAGACUUAUUAUGGUCCACAUACAACUCAGACUUAUUAUGGUCCACAUACAACUGUGACUUAUUAUGGUCCACAUACAACUGAGACUUAUUAUGGUCCACCUACAACUGAGACUUAUUAUGGUCCACCUACAACUGUGAGAGAUAAUGGUCCACCUACAACUGAGACUUAUUAUGGUCCACAUACAACUGAGACUUAUUAUGGUCCACCUACAACUGAGACUUAUUAUGGUCCACCUACAACUGAGACUUAUUAUGGUCCACCUACAACUGAGACUUAUUAUGGUCCACCUACAACUGUGACUGAUUAUGGUCCACCUACAACUGUGACUGAUUAUGGUCCACCUACAACUGUGACUGUUAAUGGUCCACCUACAACUGUGACUGAUUAUGGUCCACAUACAACUGAGACUUAUUAUGGUCCACAUACAACUGAGACUUAUUAUGGUCCACCUACAACUGAGACUUAUUAUGGUCCACCUACAACUGAGACUUAUUAUGGUCCACCUACAACUGUGACUGAUUAUGGUCCACCUACAACUGUGACUGAUUAUGGUCCACCUACAACUGUGACUGUUAAUGGUCCACCUACAACUGAGACUUAUUAUGGUCCACCUACAACUGAGACUAAUUAUGGUCCACAUACAACUGUGAGAGAUAACGGUCCACCUACAACUGUGAAAGAUUAUGGUCCACCUACCACUGUGAAUGAUUAUGGUCCAUCUACAACUGUGACUGAUUAUGGUCCACCUACACUGUGA